UUGUGCUGAAUGUUAUCUCGCCUGUCCUCUCUCACCGUUAUAAUAUUCAGUCGGAGAACAGGUGCGUGCCAGGGCGCGUGUGGCGUUCACCGCAUCGGCGUUAAAGCGAAUGGGGGAAUUGAACGGAGACUGCUUAGUGUUCACCGGUUUACUGUGGCUCAACUGGGGACAAACCAUAUCAAGGAGUCCAGACAGGUACUAUGAGAGAGAGGCAUUACUGGACGGACACUAUCACACGGGAUUUCGGACUACUCUGUAUUGAGAUGAACUGUGUAACUUGGGUGUCGUUUAGAGACGUUGCGCGUUUACCGGACCGAUUUAUCCAGUUUAAAUUUUAGCCCCUAAUUGUGCAGUACGUCGGGUUCAUGUUAUCUGCGUUCAACACGUUGCCUGAGAGCGAGGCUGGAACAGGUCACUGGUUCACUCCAUCCAUAAUUUAGGAUGACGCCUCUUGGUCAAACCUGCUCGGUCUCCUCCCUGUUUCCUCACCCCGUCUCCAGAGUUCAAACGCCAAAUCAGCAGACUGAGCGCUCCUGAGCACUGUUUGGCUGACGUCCCGGAGAGGUGAUGCGACGGUUUAUCUACUGUAAGGUGGUGUUGACCACCUCUUUAGUGUGGGUGCUGGUGGAUGUGUUCUUGCUGCUCUAUUUCAGCGAGUGUAACAAAUGUGAUGAUCGGAAAGACCGCUCGCUGCUCCCUGCCCUCCGAGCGGUGAUAUCUCGGAGCCAUGAGGGUCCUGGGGAGAUGGGCAAGGCAGUGAACAUCCCCAAGGACGACCAGGAGAAAAUGAAGGAGCUCUUUAAGAUUAACCAGUUCAAUCUGAUGGCCAGUGACAUGAUUGCACUCAACAGGAGUCUGCCGGACGUGAGGUUGGAUGGCUGUAAGACCAAGGUGUAUUCUGAUGACGUGCCAAACACCAGCAUUGUCAUCGUGUUUCACAACGAGGCAUGGAGCACCCUGCUGCGGACAGUUCACAGUGUCAUCAACCGCUCUCCCAGACACUUGCUCAUGGAGAUCGUACUUGUUGACGAUGCCAGUGAGCGAGACUUUCUGAAGAAGAAGCUGGAGAACUAUGUGCGGACUCUGGAGGUGCCAGUGAGGAUCCUGAGGAUGGAGCAGCGCUCCGGUCUAAUCAGAGCUAGGUUGAGAGGGGCAGCUGCCACAAAAGGUCAGGUCAUCACCUUCCUGGACGCUCACUGCGAGUGUACUGUCGGCUGGCUGGAGCCCCUGCUGGCACGCAUCAAAGAGGACAGGACAGCAGUGGUCUGCCCCAUCAUCGAUGUCAUCAGCGACGAGACGUUUGAAUACAUGGCAGGCUCAGACAUGACCUAUGGUGGAUUCAACUGGAAGCUGAAUUUCCGCUGGUACCCUGUUCCCCAGCGCGAGAUGGAUCGACGCAAGGGGGACAGAACACUUCCUGUUAGGACCCCCACCAUGGCAGGAGGAUUAUUCUCCAUAGACAAGACGUACUUUGAAGAAAUAGGAAGCUAUGAUCCAGGGAUGGAUAUCUGGGGUGGAGAGAACCUGGAAAUGUCUUUUAGAAUCUGGCAGUGCGGUGGCUCAUUGGAAAUUGUAACAUGUUCGCACGUGGGCCACGUUUUCCGGAAGGCCACCCCAUACAGCUUCCCUGGAGGAACAGGCCAAGUCAUCAACAAAAACAACAGGCGCCUGGCUGAAGUCUGGAUGGAUGAUUUUAAAGAUUUCUUCUAUAUUAUAUCACCAGGCGUGAUGCGGGUGGACUACGGAGACGUUUCUUCCCGUAAAGCCCUCCGCGAGGCCUUGCAGUGCAAGCCGUUUUCCUGGUAUCUAGAAAACGUCUACCCAGACUCCCAGAUCCCAAGAAGAUACUACUCACUUGGUGAAAUCAGAAAUGUUGAGACCAACCAGUGUGUGGACAACAUGGGAAGAAAGGAAAACGAGAAAGUUGGCUUUUUCAACUGUCACGGCAUGGGUGGAAACCAGGUGUUCUCAUACACAGCGGAUAAAGAAAUUAGGACAGAUGACCUCUGUCUGGAUGUCUCCCGCCUCAACGGACCUGUCGUCAUGCUCAAGUGUCACCACAUGAAGGGCAAUCAGAUGUUUGAGUACGAUGCAGAGCGACUCACCCUGCUGCACGUGAACAGCAACCAGUGUUUGGACAUGCCGUCUGAGGAGGACAAGAUGGUGCCCACCCUGAGAGACUGCAACGACAGCCGCUCCCAGCAGUGGCUGCUCCGUAACAUGACCCUGAGUGUCUGAUCCCUCACCUCGCCUCUUCCCCCCGCCACUCUGUCCUCAUCCUAACCAGUCCUGGCUCUCCACGCCCUCACCAGGUGGCUCUAACCACACAUCAUACGCCGAAAUAUACAGAGAUCCAGGCAGCAGCGGCUUAUCUUCCAUUAGGGAGACGUCUCCUUUUACAGCUCGCCACAGGUUUGAGAGCGGCUGCACUAGCCAUUCAGGUGGAAUGACGAGCUGUGGCUUUGGUGACCUUGUUGUGUCCAAGCAGGGAGAACGGUGUGUGAGGCCUCUGCAUGGAGAACAUUGAAAUCUAAGCACUCAACAGUCGGCCAGCUGCCAGCCCGGCGUCCACUGUGCUGCUCAGACUGCUGCUUAGCUGCUGGACAAACAAUUAAACAGAAGAGCAUCUAUACAAAGGAUAUCGCAAGGCCCAUUUCUGCGAUGGUCUGCACUGUAAAUGACUACUUUUGCUGUGUACAGUGGGUUGGUUGGUUUCCACUGUAGGUACAAUCUAAAAACAAGACUGUUGUUGUUAUGACUGCUGCUCAUCCUCUUUCCAUAUCAGUGUCUGUGUUACAUUCAAAUAAGAUCGAAGUGAUGUUAAUAGAGCCCAACCAAUGCUGAAGCUGAUAUCAUAACAUACUGUACUGAUCAUUUGGUUUUAAAUUCUAACUUAAAUUUAAAUUGGGAGACAUUUGGGAGGACCCAUAAGUUUAUAUUCCACUUGGAAAGUGGAAGCUAGCUAGCCUGGAGCUAAUUCCCUAUAUAUGUUUUUUUUUUUGUUCAUGUUAGUCCAGCUGACUGAACACGAAGGAGGGGUCUAACUAGCAUUAAUUGUCUCUUUUUAAUGGAUCUAGUUGUAGGAAAUGGCCAGAUUGUCAAAACUGAUCCUGAAACUUCAGCACUCUGUCACACUGUCUACCCCCUGAUUCGACCCACUACACGGAGUAACAUACGGACUAACACAGUAGUUAAACAAUGGAAUCAAAGAUGAGGCUAAACAUGGGCUAACAACGCCGACUGUACCAAGACUGUCAGUAGCAUAGACUGUGUAUGGUUGGUACCAAAAAUCACAUCCCCUGGAAAACACUCAUGUACAGUAGGGGGCGCUAUCACUGCAGAAAAAUAAAUACAACUGAAAAUGUAUAAUUUUUGGUAAUUAACCAAAUACGGAUUUCUGAGCAAAGCUUGUUAUUUCGGUUUAACUUUAACAUAAAUAAUCAUUAAUUUUUCUUUAAAUUUGGUUAUUAAAAAAUAAAUAUAUAAUAUUUAUAUAUAAAUAUAACAAUAUUAUAAAUAUGUUCCAAACUACCUAUCAGGGCUGGUUGACAAACAGUCGAACGCUAUUUCUUAAUCACCUAAAACAUAUCUUUGGCAUUUCUUCACUGCAGUUUCUUGUUAAUUAUUGGUUGACAUGUAGGCAGAUAAUAAUAUAUCUGUGAUAAGCUAAUAUCGGCCGAUUUAUUGGUUGGGCUCUCGUUAGUAAGGUGGAUUUCAAACUAGACUGCAAGACACAAAAAGGAAUUACAGUAGGUACAGUAUGGAUGAAAAAUGUGAGGCAGCUCUUUCUACCGACAUACUGUAUGAACGUUUAUUUAUAACAGGCAAAGGAAGUAGCAAGUAAUCAAGACUAUGAGUAGAUAUAAUUGAUUUUAAAUGAAUGUAGGAGUUUUCCCUGAAUGAUAAUGACUGUACUCUGAAAUACUUUAACUGCACUGUUAUCACGGCUAUCCGAAAGCAUCAUUACUACAUAUACACUUACACAGGAACACUUCACACAAUCAGUUUCUGAAAGUUUCCAGCUACAAAGAUGUUGCCCACUUAUUUUUAAUAUCUUAAGAAAUCCUGAUGUGUUGGAGCCGAAUAGUGACGUGUGCCUUUAGAAAGUUGUUUUGUAUUUGGUUUAUUGAUUUUUAGUUGAUUUGAUUAUUUUGGUGUUGAAAAAGGAGAAUGUUAUGUCUUUUGUCAUUUUGAGUAAAAAAAAAAAAAUACUGCGAAUGGAUAUUAAAUAAUUCUCAUAUCUCAUAAAUAUGUCACAAUCAUAUUAAUUCUUGAUCAAAGAUUUAAUUACAGUGAAGUAAGCGUUCAGUAUAUCAAUACUCACCCAUCACCCAUGUGACAGGUACUUUUCACUACAUCGUUGAUCAGGAUCAGGCAACAAAUGUUGUACAUAAUGUUGUUAACAUGUUUCUAUCACCAUUGUUGUUGUUGUACAUACAGAACGAAUUAUUUUUCUAAGAUGCUGUAAAAACUUGAACACUCCUCAGAGAAAAAGACAUUGAAUGGUAAAAAGAUCAUGAGGUAUUGCAGUGUUAUUUGGAAUCGUGGUAAUAAAAACCAGUGCUUACCUUGGGUUUUGAAAUUGCGGUGUGUUUUGGAAAUCAUCAUCGGCCCCACGAAACCAAUUCUCAGACUACCUAAAGGACCUUAGGCGAGCAUACAUGAGGGAGCAACUAAUGGUAAAAUACUAUCAAUGCUGCUUGAAUACUGAAUCCUUGCCAAGUGCCUACUUGGCAUUCAGACUAAAAUUCAAUCACCUCUUCCGUAUUACGCACACACAUUUAUUGUUUUUCAUUAUCUUAAAGUGCAUGGUGUUAAAAUAGGAAUGUAAUGUUUCAGUGUACUGGUUGCAAAGUGAUGUUACCUGUUUGUACAUUUUGCCUUUUUUUUUUGUAGGAAAAAAACAAAACAAACUUUGAACUUAGAUUUAGCAUUAAUUUCGGUGUCAAGCAACUGAUGAAAAUGUGAACACUAGCACAUCAAACCAAUACAUCAGUUGUUUAAUAAACCUUG